CCUUUGGCUAGCUGAUUCUGCACUCGACCUCUAUACGCCAACACGUGAGCAUGUCUGCGGCCGCUGGAGCUCCUCCUCCACCGCCACCGCCGCCGGGGCCAUCUACCCAUGGCAAUCCUUUUGACAACCUCCCUGCCGAACUACUCCUCAUAAUCUACGAGUAUGUGGGCAAUAGUAACUUGAUCAAUCUUGCCUUGGCCAUCUAUCCUACCUUUCAGCGCCACAAUCUCUCCCCAAAACUUACCCCGACCACUCUCGCCCACAUGCUGAGCCUGUCAAGUAGACCUCCAAUGUAUCCAGGAGUAGUCUACAUGCCUGCAGAGCUUUGGCUGUGUGUUGCUCGCUAUCUAGAACCUGCUGAUAUCCUAUCCAUGAUGUUUACUUUCGGGGCAGUCUUUGGCCAGCCCCUCACCCCAAGUACAAGGGAUAGGUUGAGAGUUUGGAGCCGGCGGUUAAGGGAGAAGGGAUGACUAUGUAUGCGUGUAAUUGCACAGUAUCACAUGUCAUUUUCAUAUGUCAAGACUUGCAAAAUGAACAUGCAUCAAAUACUAUACACAUUCAAAAUUACUACAAAAACAUACUCAUAAUCCCCGUUGCCCUGUCACAUGAAAGAAAGAAAAAAUGCGUCGUAAAUCAAACGCC